AUGGGAACAGCCAUCUUAAGCUCUAUGGAGACGCCCAUUCCUGACUGGAUGAUCAAAGACGGUCUAGCUGAAAAUGCCAAGAUCUGGCCCAAAUGGGCUCUGGCCACUGCCGAAAGGGUGGGCAAUGCCCAGACGGUUCACUCUUCUGCCUGCCAGGUUGCCUCUUUGUGCUGUAAUGAGCGAGAAAAUGUCUGUCUUUUAAUAGCUAACCCUCUGACGCUUUGCGUCUGGGAAGUUUCAAUGGAAAAUUCGUCUAUGGUGGCUGAUUUCAUCCUUCUUGGCAUGACAGAUGACUCUCGCCUUGUGAUCCUGCUGUUUGGAACCUUCCUUAUCAUUUAUGUGAUCACUGUGUUGGGUAACCUAGGCCUUGUGGUCCUUAUCAAAACCAGCCCCUGGCUCCACACCCCCAUGUACUUUUUCCUCUCGAAUCUGUCCUUCCUUGAUGUUUGUUUCUCUUCCACCAUAACUCCAAAGACCUUGGUAAACUUGCUAUCAAAGCUGCAAGAGGUUUCUUUCCUUGAAUGUGUGACCCAAAUGAGUCUGUUCAUAAUCUUUGCCUCAACUGAAUGCAACCUUUUGGCUUCCAUGGCCUUCGAUCGUUAUGUUGCCAUCUGUAGGCCACUGCUCUAUCACAUCACCAUGUCAAGAGGUCGCUGUCUUUUCUUGGUAGCAGGAUGCUACUUUGGUGGGUUGAUGAACAUGAUUGCUGUUACAGCUGCACUCACACAACUGUCAUUCUGUCAACCACAUUUCCUUCCCCACUUCUUCUGUGAUAUCCCUCCACUGCUGGCACUGGCUUGCUCAGAUCCCUGGCUCACCCAGAUCUUGGUUGUUGGAUGUGGGGGAUUCACACUUGUCACGUCCAUUGUGGUGAUCCUGAUCUCCUACGUGUCCAUUAUCAUGACUAUCCUGGCAAUUCCCUCAGCUUCUGGGAAACAGAAAGCCUUCUCCACAUGUACUUCCCACUUGACUGCUGUUGGCCUGUACUACGGAACAACCAUGUAUACUUAUUUGCAGCCCUCUCGACAUGGGUCACAGGCAGGAAAUCAGAUGGUCUCUGUGUUUUAUACAAUGGUGAUUCCCUUGUUAAAUCCUCUCAUAUACAGUUUGAGAAAUCAGGAAGUGAAAGUGGCCCUACAGAAAACAUUGUGGAACUGUUCCUAA